CGUGGUUGAGCACAGAAUUACAGAAGAUACAAUGGUGGGUUCAGCACUAGUUUUGUUCACAGCUCUGAUAACACUCAGCAAUGGAGAGCAGUCCUGUCCAGAAGUGAAAGUUGUCAGUGUUGGAGAGCUGGACAAGCUGACGAUUCUCAGGGGCUGCCCAGGUCACCCUGGCCUUCCUGGACAAAAAGGAGAAGUUGGGACACCCGGAGAGAAAGGUCAGGAAGGCUCAGUAGGGAAGAGAGGACCUCCUGGCAUACAAGGAGAGAAAGGAGAGAGCGGCAUCACAGAGCCAAUAUACGCUGCCAGGAGCUGCAAAGAGCUUCAGAAUCAGGGUGAAGUUUUGAGUGGCUGGUACACCAUAUACCCAGAUGGCACCCAGCCCAUGAAGGUCCUGUGUGACAUGAACACAGAUGAUGGUGGUUGGAUUGUGUUUCAGCGUCGUUGGGACGGGUCAGUGGAUUUCUUCCGGAACUGGGCAGACUACAAGAAAGGCUUUGGUAGCCGUUUGAAUGAGUUUUGGCUGGGAAAUGACAAUCUCCAUAAAAUAACAUCCACAGGUAAAUGGGAACUGCGCAUCGAACUGCAGGAUUUUGAAAAUAAAAAAACAUUUUGCCAAGUAUGCAGAGUUCAAAGUCUUGGAUGAGGUGGAAAAGUACCAGUUACUCAUUGGGCCCUAUAAGGAAGGUGAUGCAGGAGACUCGAUGUCUGGUCUGAACGGCAUGAAGUUUAGUACAAAGGACCAGGACAAUGACACCUUUGAACAUGAGUGCGCCAAGCUCUACAAAGGAGGCUGGUGGUACAACAACUGCCACGCCGCAAACCUGAAUGGACUGUACCACCUGGGGGUGCACACAUCCAACGCGGAUGGGGUCAACUGGUAUAGUGCCAGGGGACACAAAUACUCAUUUAAACAUGUGGAAAUGAAGAUCAGAGCUUUAUUGCAUUGA